UGUCAAUGUUAUUUCUAUCUAGGUUCUAGUUGAGUUGCGUUUUGCGUUUGUAAAUUGUAAUUUACAAGUGUUAGAUGAAUCAAAUUCCAGUGGUUUCAAGUAUCUAAAAAUUUCUAUUGCCGUUAACCUGAAUACAAUUCUUACAAUCCUGCAUUAUCGUAUUUUGUACUAGUAUAAUUGAAAAUCACACAUAUAAUGCAUCAUGGUGAAUGUUAUGAAAGGAGUUCUUGUAGAAUGUGACCCUGCAAUGAAGCAAUUCCUUUUGCACUUGGAUGAAACACUCGCUCUCGGUAGAAAGUUCAUCCUACAAGAUUUGGACGAAACCCAUUUGUUUAUCUCCUCAGAUAUUGUUGAUACGCUACAAGCGAGAGUGGAUGAUUUGAUGGACCAACUAAGUAUUCCAGUACAUGAUAAAGGAUUGUAAAGCAUCAACAAUAUAAGUAACAGUAGUAAAACAAAAUGGCGUCAAGGGAAUCUGGUAGAGUUAAAGAUGC